AUGGCCAAACCCAUCAUCGCAGUCUUCGGCGCAACCGGCAACCAAGGCAACUCGGUCGCACACUUCAUCCUCGACUCGGCCCACCUCUCAACCCAAUACACCGUCCGCGCCAUUUCGCGGGACACGCAAAACCCCAAAAUGGGCGCCCUCGCUGCAAAAGGCGCUCAGCUCGCCCAGGCAGAUCUCGACGACCUGGCAUCCCUCGCGGUAGCCCUCGAGUCCGCCUCGUACAUGUUCCUCGUGACCACCACACCACCGGCCUACGCUCGCGCGCGCGCUCUCGAAACCAUGCAGGCGAAAAAUGCGUGUAGCGCUGCGCUGGACGCAGGUGUACGAUAUAUUAUUUUCAGCUCCAUGUCGCAUCCGGCAGCGCUAUCGCAGGGCGCGCUCACGCACGCCGUGCACUUUGACGUCAAAGCCGAGAUCGAAGCGUACAUUCGCAGUCUACCUGUUCAGAGCGCCUUUUUUGCUCCCGCGUCCUUCAUGCAGAAUCUCACGGGGCGGUCGGCGCCGCGGCCCGCACAGGAGGGCAGUGGUGCUGACUACGUUAUGACGGGGAAAUGGGUGGGUGUGAUUUUGGCGGCGCCGGAAAAGUACGCGGGAAGCUUCUUUGCGGCGGCUGAUGCUGUGUAUACGCCUGACGAGAUUGCGGAGGUCAUGUCGAGGGUUACCGGGAAGAAAGCUAGACAUGUGCAGUUGCCGGAUGAGGUAGUCAGGGGGUUCUUUCCGGAUGCGUCGAGGGACCAGUUGUUUGACAUGUUUGCGUUUAUGAGAGAAUAUGGGUAUUUUGGAGCGGAGCAGGACAAGUUGGUGCGGUGGGCGCAGGAGCAGAUUGGAGGACGAGUAACGAGCCUUGAAGACUUCUUGCGGAGGGUUAAAUACAAGCUCGAGUAA